ACCAUUAUUCCCGCUCGUGAACCAGAAACAAUGUCUCGCACCUGCAUUCGCCAUUUUGCUUCUAGAAAAGUACAGUUUGCACCCAUGGCCUUUAUUGUGCUGUUGGACACGAGAAGCUCCGAAAGAUGCUGCUCGUGAAAAUUGUUGUGUGCCUUCAAAAAUGGCGUCAACCUCUCUGCGUUGGAGAGAGACAUGCACUACACAACCGUCUAGAGAGGAGGAACCAUCGCUUGAAGGAAAGGGGAAACGACGUGCCGCGGCUGAUGCUGGCUCCACCUGGUCCUGGCAGCAGCGCGGGCGGCAACACGGGCAGCACCCCCGGCGGCAGCGCGGGAGGCAGCAAGGGCGGCGGCAAGGGCGGCAGCGCCGGCGGCAGCGCGGGAGGCAGCGCAGGUGGCAGCGCCGGCGGCAGCGCGGGAAGCAGCGCGGGAGGCAGCAAGGGCGGCAGCAAGGGUGGCAAAGCGAAGUCCGGAUCAGACCACGGCGAGAACAAGCUGACAAUCGCGCAGCGAUGGAAAAUCGUUGAGGCCGUCCGAGGCGGCCGGCAAAGGAGCAAGGUUGCGGCAGACUACAAUGUGGGCAAGGCAUACGUCAGCAAGCUGAUGAAACCCCCCAUGAUCGCCGCGCUUGAGAAGGCCCGUGACAUAGAGCUCAACAUGGGCGCCAAACGCACACCAACGCCGAUACACGCGGAGUUGGAGGUUGCGGCAGACUACAAUGUGGGCAAGGCAUACGUCAGCAAGCUGAUGAAACCCCCCAUGAUCGCCGCGCUUGAGAAGGCCCGUGACAUAGAGCUCAACAUGGGCGCCAAACGCACACCAACGCCGAUACACGCGGAGUUGGAGACAACCAAGCUCGGGUUGAGCGGCAUCAUGAUCCAGACCCAGGCCACGAAGUUCGCGGCGGAGAUGAACGUGACCAACUUCACGGCGAGCAACGGCUGGCUACAUCGCUUCUUUUCUCGCUACGGCCUCGUGCACAUCAACCUGCACGGGGAAGCUGGUGACGUGAACAAGGCUGCGGCUGAGAAGGAAAUCGCGCAGAUUCGGGAGCAGCUUGAGGGCUUUGACGUUGAGUUGAUCUUCAACAUGGACGAGACGGGGCUUUUCCACCGCUGUUUCCCGAGGGGCAUGUAUGUCACGAGGUCAGAGGGCGCAGCGGGACUCAACCAGAAGACCGCGCGGGGAUCGAAGGCCAUGAAGGCCAAGGAUCGGUGCACUGUUGUCGCCUGCUGCAACACCACCGGGUCGCUCAAGGUGCCGUUGGCCAUCAUCCAUNUUGAGGGCUUUGACGUUGAGUUGAUCUUCAACAUGGACGAGACGGGGCUUUUCUACCGCUGUUUCNACGUUGAGUUGAUCUUCAACAUGGACGAGACGGGGCUUUUCCACCGCUGUUUCCCGAGGGGCACGUAUGUCACGAGGUCAGAGGGCGCAGCGGGACUCAACCAGAAGACCGCGCGGGGAUCGAAGGCCAUGAAGGCCAAGGAUCGGUGCACUGUUGUCGCCUGCUGCAACACCACCGGGUCGCUCAAGGUGCCGUUGGCCAUCAUCCAUACGGCGAAAGACCCCAUGGUUUUCCGCCAGGUCCGCAAGCCAGCUUGCCCCUACUUGUACUACGCCCAGAAGAGUGCCUGGCUGGACUCUGCACUUUGCCAGCGGUGGUUCGACGAAGUCUUCGUCCCUUUUGUCAAGAAGACGACUGGGAAGAAGAUGGCUCUCUUGUGGGACAACUGCCCAGGCCACCGCAUCAAGAACGACGACCCGCAAAUCGUCAUCAUCUUUCUGCCCCCCAACGUCACGUCCGUCUUUCAGCCUAUGGACAUGGGGAUCCUGUUUGCUCUCAAGUGCCAGUACAAGACGAAGAUGCUGAUGAGGGGCCUGAACGACGCAGGCCAGCCGACAAUGCUGGAUGUGACGGAGAUCCUUUCCCAAAAGUGGGAGAGCUUUUCGGACCAGACUGUGAUCAGGUGCUGGCUCAAGGCCACCAUUCUUCCUGGGGAGCACGAGAGCGCGCUCAAGGACAAUGACACGCGGUUGGACCGAGAAGACCCGGGGGCGGCCGCCCUGGACGACCUGUACGAUAUGGUCGAGAAGAUGUCCAUGCCGGAGAGUGCCAAGGACCUGGACGCUAGGUCUAAGCCGCGAGUGUUGACGGACAACCUGUUCGUCGAGAGCGCAUCUGGCCUCACAGAAGAAGUGCGCAGCGCAGUGCGCACUUGGCUUAGUGUAGAGGACGAUGAAGAGAACUUGAGGGAUGAGGUAGAUGGAAGAGGUAACGGAGAACAUGUCAAACGUACACGUCGAGGAGGACGUGUCCAGUGAAGAGGAAGGCGAUCACGGUAGGCCAGUCGUGCAUUAAUCUACGAUUUCAGAGGGCGAGGUUCGCUCUCGUCUCGAAGGUGUCCGCUCUUACUUGAACACACAUGGAAGAGACGACGAGUACAGCGAAACGGCGUACCUUCUUUCGAAGACUGUGCAUUCGUUUACUCAUGAAUCUCAGGUCAAGCGAAGAGCAAAGGAGGG